AUGUUCAAACAAAUCACAUCCAUCAGCCGGAGCGCUCUCCGCCAGAGCAGCAGCAUCCACCAUCUUCGGCAAACCCCCGCCGCCGCCGCAACCGCAACCACAACCGUGAACCAGAAGACGCAACGACCCUUCCACUCCAUCCCCGCGCUCCGCACGUCUCAAGGCCAGCGCGAAGAGAUGGAGUCCGGCGACCGAAACGUGCUGGACCCACAGCCCUCCGAGUUCUCCAAGACCGGCACCGACCAGGAAGUCUCGCAGCACGAUGCGGCCUUCGACCCCUCCAAGACCUCGCCGGAGAGCCAGAUCGAGGCGACGCAGGAGGAGACCAACCAGAGCGGCAAAGUGAGCAACCCGUUGAACGUCAGCGGGGCGAACAAGGGCGUCAGCGAGGGGCGGGAUCCCACGGAGGGUGCCCCGGAACGGAACGCGGACCGGGAGGCGUCGAGCAAGCGGGGCCAGACGAAGAAGGGGAAGGAGGUGAACGAUUGGAAGAAGAAGUAUUGA